AUGGUUCCUUUCAGUCUCACUUCACCUUCUGCUGCCUCCCUUUCAUUAACACGCCCGCCCUCAUUUAGACCCUCCCUUAAACCCAUAUACACAAGGUAUAACCAACUCAAAAAACUGAACCAGAGGCGGAGGGCGAGGAAUGGAAAGUGUAGGGCGGACUUAUCUGCUGAUGCACCGGUGGCUAUUGCUAUGGGCGCGUGUAUUCUGAGCUCGCUGAUUUUGCCAGCCACUCCUUUGCCGGAAGAUAGUGAAAGUGAUUCGCUGAUUGACUCUGCCGAUGCGAGGUUUGCUGUCAUGGGAAUCAUCAGUCUCAUUCCUUAUUUCAAUUGGAUGAGUUGGGUGUUUGCGUGGAUGGAUACUGGAAAGCGGCGAUACGCUGUUUAUGCUAUUGUAUAUUUGGCUCCUUACUUGAGGUCAAAUUUGUCGCUGUCCCCUGAAGAUAGCUGGCUGCCAAUUGGUAGCAUUCUCCUUUGCAUCAUUCAUAUCCAGCUAGAAGCUAGUAUAAAAAAUGGAGAUAUUCAGGGGUUUCAAAUAUUUAACGAGGCUGUGAAUCUUCUUUGGUCCAUGAAAGAAAAGAAGAAUCGAAGAAUUUAUGAAGAGGGGAAAGCGAGGGACAACCGAAAUUUGCCUUCUGCACAUGAACAAUCUAGGAAUGAGAUACAGAACUGGGGAUCAUCUGCUCAAGAUCCUGAACCCUUGAAUCAAGAUGGAGAAACAGAUGGGGGGAACAAGGAUUAG